AUGGGAGAUUUGAAUAAUGUUUGCUCUCACGAAGAUAAAAGGGGAGGGAACCGCUAUCCUAAAUUUUUAAUUCAAGGCUUUCAACAAGCUUUGAAUGACAGUGGUUUGCAAGAUAUGGAGCUUUGUGGUUGUCCUUUCACAUGGGAAAGAGGCAGAGGCACUUCUCAUUGGGUUGAAGUUCGAUUAGAUAGAUUCAAAGAUAGCUGGGAUGGAAGUGGUGUAACUGAUGUGCAAGAAAAAAUCAAGAUUUGUGGGCAACAGCUGAGUUCUUGGGGGAAGGAGGUUACAGGGAACUUUAAGGACACGAUAAAGAAGUGUAAAAGUGAAGAGCAACAGUGGAAAUUGGGUCGCGAUGAGGCUUCGGUUACCAAGUAUAAACAAGCUAAGAAGGAGUUGGUUGAAGCUUAUGUACAACGAGAAGUUUUUUGGCGUCAAAGAUCGAAGCAAUUGUGGCUCCAAGAAGGUGAUAAUAAUAGUAAAUAUUUUCAUGCUUAUGCUACUAAUCGACGUCAUAAUGACUUUAUUGCUAAACUCAAAGAUGAUAAUGGUAAUUGGGUUGAUUGGAGUUCAGGUUUGCCUCAAGUUAAUGGUUGA